AUGGUGCUCUCUGUGAAGAAACAACAUGUCGCACUUGAGAAAGCGACUAGUCGCCACAGCCUGGCGAUGAUGAAAUUGCUCUAUGUGAAGAAGCCACCAGUAGUGUCACAUCCCGGGAUCGGCUUCGCCGUAGCACGAUUUUUGUUCACUUUGGGCCCCCUCUCUGCCCUCACAGUUUUGUUUCUGGGAACUCAUGAGCACUUCUCAGUGGGUCACCCAUCCUGGGAUUGCUCUAGCCCCAACUCGCUUAACUUCGGAAUUCCCAUGACUCCGAAGGCAUCGAGCUAG